AUGUUGAGUCGCCUAGUGAAAACCAAUGCAAUUUUCACAAAUAUUAACAUGAACCUCCUGAUUUGGAAAGCACUAGGAAUGCUAAUACUAGUCCGGAACAAUUCCUUGGCUGUUCAGAAGUUAAUGUCUGAUGUCUUCUUAAAGAGAUCAUUAUGGUUUGCUAAUUAAGCUAAGCGGCUGUAUUGGUGAUAGGUUAUACUGGGGCCUCACUCCCAAUACAAAGGAAAAACUUAUAUAUUUAUUAGGAAGGAUGAGCCAUUUUUCAUGAUUAUUACAUUUAACUUGGCUACCCUGAUGAACGCAAGUUUUUCCAAGUUGUAGAUCUAAGGAAAGAUAUGAAGCAGAGUCUUCGAGUGGUGAUGUUCUUUAGAUAUAUUUGAGGUAUUCUAAAGUCGGUGAUGCUUGUGAAACAAGGAUUUACUCUAUUGGUGAUAUCCUAUGUCGAGCAGCCGGUCUUUAAGGAUCGUUUAAAGCAAUAGGAUCUAUUUUCUUACUCAUAUUCUUUGAAAGGCUAUUUGUAGCUUCGAUUCUAAGAAAGAUAUAAUAAAUUGACACAUGACAGGAAAGAGAAAGACUUGAUCCUAUGUGAGUAAUAACUAAAGGAUCACCAGAAUAAUCGGAGUUCAAUCUUUCGAGCAGAUGGGAGAAGGGUUAAAGAGCAGUAUACCGAAAGAAAGAGAUUCUACGAAGAGAGUCUGCAUGAUAUUAAAAAUUUAAUGAGAUGAAGGCAGAGAAUAGGUCAAAACGUGCACAGUCGGAUAUCUUAAAUAAGUGUGAGAGUACCAUGAGGGACAAGAAGGUUCUUCGAUGUAGGUACUUCGACAUUUUCAACUUCAUCUUUUGUUAAGUUAUAUACAGUCGAAAGAAAUCGAUGAGGUUGAGACCUGAAUUUGGAGGUUAUCUAUAUUUGAGAUAAGACAAGAGAAAUUUUUGGAUGAGCUACCCUUUUUAGUGUAGAUUAUGAAACUAUCUUAAAAUCUGUGAGGCAGCUGAAGCUGCUGACUCUUGUCCUCUUUAACCCCAACAAAAAAUUUAUGAUGAAGUUGCAGAGGAAUAAUAUGAUUGACUCAUCCUCUUCUGAAGCUUCUGAUGAAGGACAGAUGAACGUCGUCAGUCUGAUAUAAAACAAUAAAACCGUUCUAUUUUCAAAGUUAGUAGAUAAGGAAAUCAAUAGGGCAAUCGUCAGCUAUAAAGGUAAAAAGCUUAGGGAUAUCGAACAAAGAAUUAUUAGUGGUAAGUCUCUAUAAUCUUUUGGAAGAACCAAAGAGAGGUUUUCGGAUUCAGAUAUUAAUGAAGAAUCUGAUGCUUUCUGUAACAUUGGAUCAGAGAUGCUGAAUCAAGACUCUAAGGUGCUAGAAUCUGCCAAAAAGAGGUAAUAUACUCGAUCCUCUUUGAUAGUAAAGAAUGAUUCAUCAAGAAAAAUUCUGUACAUAUGCCCAGUUCUUUGACAAAGAAGAUGAUGCUAAGAGCUUUCAAAAUUUCAAUUCAGUUGAUAACAAGCUGUCCACUGCGCUUAACUUUAUCCACUCUAUAAUUUAACAAAUGCUAAGAAAAUGAAAAGAGCAAGAAUCUCUCAACAAAUUCUUAACCCUA